CCCAGAUAUCCGAGCCCCAAUCCACCAGAAAGGAGGAGGGAGACACCACAGAGAAACAGACGAGGAACACAUCAGUAUCAGGAUAAAUGAGAGGACGCAGGCGGUCAUAGUCUUCAUGAACUGCACAAAAGGAGGUGCUGUGGCAUUUUCAUCUCCAAAUCUCCAAAAAGUCAAAUCCACAAAUGUUUUUCCUGAACAUUUGUGAUCAUUUGCUCCAUUCUCCAAGCCUGAUUCAUCAGCCGGUUUCACUUUGUAGAAACUGUCUGACCUCAGCAUCAGGAUUUGUUCUUUCAACGGUUGGCAGAUUAUGAGGCGUUCGAGGUCCCGCGGAGCUCUGGAGCGCUCGGAAGUCCAGACGCUCCCGAACACAUCACACACUCUGCGUCUGGGCCUGAAAAAAUCCAAUACAGUCAAGUCAUUUCAACAUAAAAGUGAUGUCGAUCGUGAGUGUGGUCGCUCGAGAGAUCCUCGACUCCAGAGGAAACCCCACAGUGGAGGUGGAUCUGCGCACGGACAAAGGUUUGUUCCGAGCCGCCGUCCCCAGCGGAGCGUCGACGGGAAUCUACGAAGCUCUGGAGCUGAGAGAUGGAGACAAGAGCCGCUACAAAGGGAAAGGCGUGUUGAAGGCAGUAGGACACAUCAAUGACACUUUAGGACCAGCUCUUAUAGCCUCCGGCAUCAGUGUGGUGGAGCAGGAGCAGCUGGACAACAUGAUGAUCGAGAUGGACGGGACAGAGAACAAAUCUCAGUUCGGGGCCAACGCGAUCCUGGGCGUGUCUCUGGCCGUGUGCAAAGCCGGAGCCGCAGAGAAGGAGGUGCCUCUGUACAGACACAUCGCAGACCUGGCUGGGAACACCGAGCUGGUCCUGCCCGUCCCUGCGUUUAACGUGAUAAACGGCGGUUCUCAUGCGGGGAACAAACUGGCCAUGCAGGAGUUCAUGGUUCUGCCGGUCGGAGCCGAGUCCUUCAAGGAGGCCCUGAGGAUAGGUGCGGAGCUGUAUCACACUCUGAAGGGAGUGAUCCAGCAGAAGUACGGACAGGACGCCACCAACGUGGGCGACGAGGGAGGAUUCGCCCCAAACAUCCUGGAGAACAGUGAAGCUCUGGAGCUCCUGCAGACAGCCAUAGAGAAGGCGGGUUUCACAGAUAAGGUGGUGGUGGGGAUGGACGUCGCUGCCUCUGAGUUUUACAGAGAGGGGAAGUACGACCUGGACUUUAAAUCUCCGCCAGAUUCGUCUCGCCACAUCUCAGCAGAGGAGCUAGCCGACAUCUACCAGGACUUUGUCAACAACUACCCAGUGGUUUCCAUUGAGGACCCGUUCGACCAGGACGACUGGGAGGCUUGGUCCAGACUCACGGCCCGGGUCGGGAUCCAGGUGGUGGGAGACGAUCUGACGGUGACCAACCCCAAAAGGAUCGAGAAGGCUGCGGAGGAGAGAGCCUGUAACUGUUUACUGCUCAAAGUCAACCAGAUCGGGACUGUUACUGAAGCCAUACAAGCGUGUAAACUGGCCCAGGCGAACGGUUGGGGUGUAAUGGUCAGUCAUCGCUCUGGAGAGACGGAGGACACCUUCAUCGCCGACCUGGUGGUGGGACUCUGUACUGGACAGAUCAAAACUGGCGCCCCCUGCAGGUCUGAGCGUCUGGCCAAGUACAACCAGCUCAUGAGGAUCGAGGAGGAGUUGGGCGACCAGGCUCGAUUCGCUGGACAUAACUUCAGGAACCCCAGUGCUCUGUGAACCUCCGCAUGCACUCGAAAAAAAAAACACAACUAACACGCAACACAGCAAAAAAACACACAACUAAACUCAACACUGCAAAAACACAACCGCAGACACAACACUGCAGAAAAUACAACUAACACAAGACACGGCUAAAAAAAACACAACUAAACUCAACUCUGCAAAAACAUAACUAACACGCCACACUGCAAAAAAUCUACACCGGGAAAAUGGCUCCAUAUAUUUAGCUUGAACUGAGUCUAGUUUAAAUCUAUUUACUGUAUGACUUCAAUUAUCCCACAGAAAAACUGACAUUUCUUUACAUCCAAAAUAUCGUAUGAUGAUCCAAAGCAAACAUUGCCGAUAAUUUAGCUUAAUAAAUAGACAAAAGGUUCAAAGUAAAUAGAUUUAAACUACAGACUUUUUUUUGCAGUGUCCCACAUGCAGACAAACACAAACGAGCACCGAACUGACAAACCACAAGAACGAGCCAUGAUGAAAUAUCGCACUAAAAUUCAUGAAAAAAAGUUCAAAUAAAACACAAAAAAAGUAACUAAACAAAUGAAUUAUGCACUGGACUCGCACGACAGCCAGCCAAAACAUUACGACCACCCGCUAACCGCAAGUCUGUUUCAGGAGACAUAAAGGAUUGGACAGUCUGAUAUUUCCGUCGUCGGAUGGAGGAUAUUUUGUGAAAGAUAUUUUUUGUUUAGCGUAUUGUUCCUGGUUUGUAAAGGUCAGUUCUAAUCUGACGUGGUUUAGUCCUGGGUUAGACCUGGUUUAGUCCUUGUUUAAACCUGGUUUAGUCCUGGUUCAGUUCUCUGGUUCAACCUGAUUGUUAAAAUAAUUCUUUAGAGCUCUUAUUGUGGAAGUGUUUGGUCUUGGUUUGGUCCUGGGUUAGUCCAGAAGUAGUAGUAAUAGUAGUAAUAGUAAUAGUAGUAGUAGUUGUAGUAGUAGUAGUAGUAGUCUGGGUUAGUUUUGAUGUAGCCGGGUUCAAAUUCUGGACUGUAAAAUUGACCUGACAGGUUUAACCCAGAGACACUGAGGGAUAGUUUAAACACAGCUUUAACUGAGAGAUACUGAAGACUGGGUCAAAUGCAGGUUUAAUUAACAGACAAAGUAGUAGGGGUUAAAUGCAAGUUCAACUUAGAGACAUUGAAGAGUGGGUCAAAUGCAGCUUGAACCCAGAAACACUGAAGGAUGGGUCCAAUGCAGUUUUAAGCCAGAGACACUGAAGGUUGGGUCAAAUGCAGGUUUAACUCAGUGACACUGAAGACUGGGUCAAAUGCAGGUUUAACUCAGAGACACUGAAGACUCAGUCAAAUGCAGGUUUAACCCAGAAACACUGAAGGUUGGGUCCAAUGCAGGUUUUACCCAGAGACACUCAAGGUUGGGUCAAAUGCAGGUUUCACUCAGACACUGAAGACUGGGUCAAAUGCAGGUUUAACUCAGAGACACUGAAGACUCAGUCAAAUGCAGCUUUAACCCAGAAACACUGAAGGAUAGUUCAAACACAGCUUUAACUGAGACAGUGAAGACUGGGUCCAAUGCAGGUUUAACCUAGAAACACUGAAGGUUGGGUCCAGUGCAGGUUUAACCUAGAGACACUGAAGGUUGGGUCAAAUGCAAGUUUAACCCAGAGACACUCAAAGUUGGGUCAAAUGCAGGUUUAACCCAGAGACACUGAAGACUGGGUCAAAUGCAGGUUUAACCUAGUGACACUGAAGACUGGGUCAAAUGCAGGUUUAACCCAGAAGCAGCAUAGACCUUAACACAUUUCUAAUAACUUGUCUGUUUGGUUCCAGAGCAAUAAGAGGCUUCACUGUGUUUGUCUUGUGGCAGUCUGUGAACAGCUGAAAGGUUUGCGGGUGCUCGUGGUGAUCGGGCUGCGGUGCCGAGUCCCUUUCGAGGCGCAGGAGCUGUAUGCACACAGGAAAAACCAUACGAAAGCCAGACGUGCACUGUUACUGUUAGUUUAAUCUGUACAGCUGUAGACCACCAGUGAGAAAACUGACAGAAAAAUAAUGUAAAAAAAGGCACGAGAUUUAAAAGAAUAUGACUAAUAUUAAUACUAGACACUUUUGAAAACACCAAAAGAUGUUUCAGGGAUAGAGUGAACACGGCCCCGUCUCCCAGAACACACACCGUAUCACCAUAUUCACUUCAUGUACUAGUUACUGUAUGUACGCUGAAAUUCGGGGACAAUUCUCAUAAAAUUCAUUAAGAAUUCACGUCAGCUUAAAACUGUGCAAAUGUUUGUGAUUUUUGUUUAAAAGUCCCGGUUGUUUAAAACUCAUUUGUCCUGAUUUAUUUUAUUGUCAAUGGAUUCUACCUGGACGACUGAGGGAUUUACACACCAUAAACUAGUGCGCAUAUAGUAAGCUUCACAAAAUAUGUUAGAAAAAUGUUCUACAAUAUACAAUUUGGACAGAUUUUUAUGUGUUUUUUGAAAAAUUGGAAAAAAAAAUCAUAGGCCAUUAUUAUUAUGUUAAGAGGAUGUUUAGGAAGACGUUUUACCAGCUAUGAAUUUAUGUUAGGCCAAUAUAUAUUUUUGUGUGACAUUUCUUCAAAAUCAAGUACAAAUCGGCACAGAUCUUUUUGUUGUCUUAAAAAUUGAUUCCCGACCUCUUGCUGGUGCUAUACAUGUUUAUCAUUAAUUAAAAAAAAAUAAUAAUAAAAAUCAUGCUGAAAUUUGCAGUAUGUUUUGGGAGACUGGGCUGAUUUAUUAAUAAUAAUAAAAUAAUAAUAAUAGCCACACUUUUCCCUGGACACAAGCCACUCCCUUCACUUCCUGUGUUCUUCCUGUUUUGCCUCUGACAUCACUUCCUGUGUUUUUUUGUUUACAUUUUGUCUGCUUGACGUGUGUGCCCCCCGUCGCCCCCUGUUGACCCUGAAUGCACAUAGAUUAGUGUUGAAAAGAUCAUAUAAUAAGAAUAAGAAUAAUGUAAUAAUGAUGAAUAAAAUACAUGAACUAAAGCUUGUCUUUGAAAAUAUGUGAAAUAAAAGAUGGUAUUUACAAUUUCAAUCACAAAAUGGUCUCUGUCUUUUUUAUAAAACCUUUUCAACGUAAAGCU